AUUCCCCCGCCCAGCCACGCCAUUUCGAAGAGGAAAGUGCAGCGAAUGUGGUGUAUUUUGUUGCCGUGAGGGUGGCACUGGCGAGCAUGCUGCGGGGCGCGGUGGCAAGGACCCUGUGGACAGCCAGGGGCGCGGCCGGGGCCCUGACACCGCGAAUUCCGGCCGAAGGAAGUCCCGGGCAUGAUAUUCCUCGAAAAUUGUGUGCAGGAAGGUGUUGGGAGGGCGUGAGGGGCCUCCACGUCAGCCCGGCGGUCACCAAGGCGGAGGGCCGCAAGGAAAUGCUCGCCUCCAUGCCCCGGCGGGACGAGGGGACGGAGGGCGAGGCAGCCGUCAGCAUAGACAGCAGCAUUAGAGGGAGUGAUGGGUUGUUUCCAGAUGAGAAGACCCCAGACUUGUUGUUUGAUGGAGUGCGCUUUGCUGAUCUUCCCAUUAUUCAUGCAAGGUUUUCAAAAAAUAACACACUUCUGACUGUAACAGAUGCUAAAGGUGUGGCUGAAAUGUACCGGUCAUGUGGAGUUGAGGGCUUCAAGAACACAAGAAAAGGGACUAACAUUGCUGCCCAGGCCACUGCUAUCAGCUUGGCUGUGCGAGUGCUGAACAAAGGCAUACGGAAUGUGCGUGUGAAGGUGAAAGGACUUGGACCUGGUCGAAUGUCUGCAGUGAAGGGGCUGACGAUGGGCGGCCUGAACGUGGUGUCCAUCACAGACAGCACGCCCAUCAUGGAUAUGAACUGCCAGAGGCCUAGGAAGGCCAAGAAGCUGUAGUCACGGCUAUGGGUUAUCAUGUACUGUACAAGGUACUUGUUGAUAUGCAGUCAACAAUUAUUUUAUUUAUAUUGUAUAACUGUAAAUUAUGUAUUAAUAAACAAAUCUUUGUA